GCGAGCUGAUGACACUGCUUGUCACUCGUUCGGCAGUCAGUAAUCGUCCUCUCCUACGCCUCAGCCAUGGCAAUGUCGUCGCCGUUCCUCACGCUCCACCUCCUCCUGGUGCUCGCCACCACCACCAUGGUCACCGCGACAACACCACCAACCGCGCACUUCCUGGGCGUCAACUACGGCACACUGGGCGACAACCUCCCGCCCCCGCACCGGGGGAUGGAGCUCGCCCGCUCGGCGGGGGCCGCCGCCGUCCGCUUCUACGACGCCAACGCCACCCUCCUGGCCGCGGCCGCCGCCUCGGGCCUCGUCUUCGUGCCCAGCGUCCCCAACGAGCUCAUCCCGUCCCUCGCCGCCUCCCAGCGCGCCGCGGACGCCUGGGUCGCCGCCACGAUGCUCCCGUUCCGCCGCAGCCCGGGCCUCAGCUACCUCUUCGUCGGCAACGAGGUCCUCUCCGACCCCACCACCAGGUCCCGCUGGCCCCGGCUCGUCCCCGCCAUGGCCAACGUCGAGCGCGCGCUGCGCCGCCACGGCCUCGGCCGCGUCAAGGUCAGCACCACGUUCAGCAUGCACGACCUCGACCACCAGAACGUCUUCCCGCCGUCCUCCGGCGUGUUCCGGCCCGACAUCGCCGACGCCGUCAUGCGCCCGCUGCUCUCCUUCCUCGAGCGCACCGAGUCCUACCUCUUCUUCGACGCCUACACCUACUUCACCUGGUCGGCGAACCACUCCAUCGUGCCGCUCCCCUACGCGCUGCUCGAGCCGUCGCCGGGGUUCGUGUACCACGACCCGGGCACCGGGCUCUCGUACGCCAACCUCCUCGACCAGAUGCUCGACGCGGUGGUCGCCGCCGCGUGCCGCAUUGGCCACUGCGGCGUGAGGCUGGCGCUGGCCGAGACCGGGUGGCCGACGGCCGGCGACCUGGACCAGUUCGGCGCCAACGUGCGGAACGCGGCCACGUACAACCGCAACCUGGCGCGGCACCUGGCGUCCGGCGCCGGCACGCCGCGGCGGCCCGGGAUGCGCAUGCCGGCGAUGGUGUUCGCGCUCUUCAACGAGAACCUCAAGUGGGGGCCCGGCACGGAGCGGCACUGGGGCCUGUUCUACCCCAACGGCACCGCGGUGUACGAGGUGGACCUCACGGGGCGCCGCCCGCUGGCGUCGUACCCGCCGCUGCCGCCGGCGCUGAACGACCGGCCGUACCCGGGGCGCCUGUGGUGCGUGGUGAGGACGGACAAGGGCCCGGUGAACGAGACGGCGGUGAGGGAGCAGGCGGCGGCGGCGUGCGCUGACAAGGCCGGGCUGUGCGACCCAGUGCGGCCGGGCGGAGCUUGCUACCUGCCCAGCACGGUGACCGCGCACGCGAGCUACGUCUUCAGCGCGCACUGGAACAGCUUCAGCGAGGACUACGGCGGCUGCUACUUCGGCGGCCUCGCCGUGGAGACCACCGUCGAUCCCAGCCAUGGAUCAUGCAAAUUUCCAAGCAUUGUGCUCAAAUGAAGGACUGCGUCGCGUUUCAGUUUAUUUCCUGGAUUUGGCUUACCGCAAAUUCAUCACGUGUUCGUCUUUAUUUUAUCACAAUUGUUUGGUCAUCAAUAAUAAAGAAUGAGAAGGGAUGAUGUCACAAA